AUGUCGGAAGCAUCUAAACCAAAGCGAUUGGAUUUGCAAGGGCUCCGAGGUCUUGCCAUCUUGGCAGUACUCGGUUUUCAUUUCUAUCCUGCACAGUUUCCCAAUGGAUAUCUUGGAGUUGAUCAAUUCUUUGUCCUAUCCGGCUUCCUUAUGUGCAUGCUACUGAAGCGAGCUGAAAGUGAUUCAACUUGUACUCUAAUCACCUUGUUCUACUCGAAAAGGUUCAAGAGAAUCCUUCCGCUUUACCUACUCAUCAUCCUGCUCUCCAUGAUCUCCCUCUACACAAUCUUUCCAGACACCUCUAUAGAAACCAACCAAAAAUCUGCCACCCGUGCGAUGCUCUUUGUGUCAAAUGCUCCAACUUCAGCGCAAGAUAACUAUUUUUCAAUGCUAACCAAAGCUAUCGACAUUUUCACUCAUACCUGGUCGUUGUCCGUGGAGGCUCAGUUUUAUUGUCUUGUUCCGUUUAUAUUUCUUAUUGCGACAAGGCUUUCUGCCAAGCUUCAGCUUGCGUAUUAUGCCAUUCUAGGACUGUGCUCAUAUGCAUUUUUCUGUUUCACACCUGACAAUACUUCUUUCAACAGCGUUUUUGCUAGGAUCUGGCAAUUUCUGAUUGGAAUGAUAGUGUUCCAACUUGGAAUUCUGAAUAGAUCAGAAGUCGAGGGAGACGUCGAAGAAUACAAACUUAUAGUCGACAAAGAGGAAAAUAUCCCGGAUGCCGAAAAAUCGCAUUCAGUAAAUUAUGUGUCAUAUCUCCCAUUGUUCAGUAUAAUAUUCAUCAAUGCUCUUCCCUACACACUGAGCACGGAUUUUGUCAGGCCUUUUGUAACACUUGUCACUGGAUUUUUGAUGAUGAUCUCUGAGAAUAACAUGUUAUUGUCAAACAAAGGCUUAGCCUACAUUGGAAAUAUUUCAUACUCUCUUUAUCUUAUACAUUGGCCUGUCUACGCGUAUUGGAAACUUACAUGUGAAGGGGACCAGAAUUUGCUCAUAAUUGCAUUGCUAUCUUCAAUUGUACUUGCUGUAAUCGUUCAUGAGUUCUUCGAGAAGUGGUAUCUCAAGCUCUGCUCUACCAGUAUCGGACUUGUCACUGUUCUUCUCAUCUUGCUUAACGUCUUUCUUAUCAAUAAGGAACACUUUAAAAUGGGUCCAAAAGAAAAAGAAGAAGUGGAAAAAAAUGUAGCUCUAAAUUAUGACGAUGCAAUUCUAAAGAACCAUCAAUGGGAUCUCAACGACCAGCAAAGUAUUUGUGUGUCCUACUGUAACUACGAAGCAUACGCUCCAUUGGGCUGGUGCAAUCAUACGUCUCUUUCUCCAUCAGGAAAAUAUAAAAUUUCUGUGAUCGGAAACAGCUGGGCUGCGAACCACGGGGCGAUGGUUCAUGAGGAGUGUGGCAGCAAGGCGAAUACAAUUCUGCAGGGAUCCAUGGCAAGUUGUGAAGUUUUGUACCCGAGCCUUGUGAAGGGAAUGGUCUGUCAGGAUUAUGUUGAUGAUUUUCAAAAAAGGAUGAAAGCUGAAAAUCCUGAUUAUCUAUUUAUCAUUACAAGAUACAUAAGUGUCGGUGAGCCAUUCCCUGCUAACAUUACAAGUUUCGAUUUGGACCCAAUCUACCAAACUAUGAAAAAUCUACUUUUUGGACUAUUGGCUAGUACAAAGUUAAAAAUUUACAUUCUCGACGCAAUACCCAGACAUAACGUCAAUAAUACAAAGUUUAUUGCGGAGUGGGUGAAGGAGGGUGUGAAUCUGGUGGAAAUAGAUAAACGACUUGGUCUAAUGGAGGAUCAACUGACCGACGGAGCCUCCUACGAAAUGGCGCGUCGCAGGUACGCGGCGCUCGUAAAAGAUUGUGAUGGGCGGUGUGUUCUUGUGGAUUAUAAGCCAGUGUUCUACAAUUCAACUAUCAAAUCCUACCGGAUAUUUGACAAUAGUGGGUACUCCUACCUCACGACGCCGAAACAUUUGACACCCCGUGGUUUGGAGCACGUUAGACAUGUCUGGAAGGAUGUUUGUGCGACUUUGUAG